AUGUUAGGCUUCGUCUUCCUCUCUGGUGUCUUCCUCGGAAUCAUCGCCAUCUUAGCUGCCGAAGCUGCGGCAUUAAUGUAUCUCGUGAACCGAUUGAAACGAAAGAUAGAUUCAAAACCAUCCCCUGAUCAAUCCACCAAUGACAUCAUCACCAUUCCUCUAACCGAUCUCUCCCUCAACAAACAGGGAAUGGUUUGGAUUCUGGAGGUGGAUGAAGGUGUGAAGAACUGGUGGAAGGAGAAGUUACCUAAAGAGAAUAAGAGGAAGAGAGAUUUCUUGGAUGUUCAUCCUCUUCGAAAAUUCGCGAGGAUUAAAGAUCAUAAGCUGAUCUUAUCAGAUGGUUGUGAUAGCACUCAGGUUGCAGUUUCUUUAAAAUGUUGCUCUAUUGAAGCUGUUUCAGGGUCUCAUCUCCCUGCAAGAAAAUGGGCCAAAAGAUAUCCUAUAAAAGUUGAAAGUAAGGUUUCUUCAGAUUUAUACAAAGGAAACAAGGUGUUUUACAUCUAUCUCGAGACUUCUUGGGAGAAGGAAUCAUGGUGUAAAGCUCUUCGUCUUGCUGCUUGCGAGAAUCCGGAGAGGUUUAUUUGGUACUCUACCAAAUUGCAACAGGAGUUUCGUAGUUACGUGACGUCUCUCAAUGUUGCAUAUCAUUCGUUUAUGAAACCAUCCGCUAGAUUUUGUUUUGAGACGUUUGACAAAGGGAACAACAGAACGGAUGGUUCUUCUUCAAAGGUUCGUUUGUUCUUGAAGAAGUUUUCAAGGAAGCGAUCACACCGAAAAGACAGGAGAGACUCUGUGGGUUCGUACCAAGAUUUACAACAUGGAAGUAUUAGCUCAGGGAGGAGCGGUUCAGGGAGGAGGAUGGGAGAUUACAACGUAGAUGAAGCUGAUGUGCCUAUCUUUUCACGUUCUGUGAGUCAUAGCAGCAGUCAUAUCUCUGGGGUUUCAGAUGGAGACUCUGAAGAGAAGUUUGAGAUGGAUGAAGGAACAUUGGCGUGGAAUUUGAUAAUCUCUAGGCUGUUUUUCGAUCUUAAACAGAAAACAGGAGUGAAGAGCUUAGUGCAAGCACGAAUCCAGCGGGUGUUAUCCAGCAUGAGGACUCCAAGUUACAUAGGAGAACUAAUCUGCUCAGAUGUUGACACUGGAAACCUCCCACCUCAUAUACAUGGUACUCGAGUUCUUCCAAUGGAGAUGAGUGGUGUAUGGGCAUUCGAACUAGAUAUUGAAUACUCUGGUGAAGCGGUGAUUGAGGUUGAAACACGGGUUGACAUACGUGAGGUGGAUCUGCAAAAAGGUAUAUCUGACGCAAGGCUGCAGCCAAGUUCUGCAGGGGAAGUCACGCCAAACAAUGUUGAAGAUUUUGAAAAGCAAUUAUUACAAAAUGGUGAUGAAUCCAAGGGAUCAAAAGGAACAAAGACAUCUCCAAAUGGUGUAUCCAGGUGGAAGUCUAUUAUUAAGAACAUUGCUGAACAAGUUUCCCAGGUGCCUAUCUCUUUGUCAAUACGAGUGUCUUCUCUUCGAGGGACACUGCGAGUACACCUGAAGCAGCCUCCUUCUAAUCAGUUAUGGUUUGGAUUCACGAGUAUGCCCGAAAUAGAAUUCGACCUCGCAUCUUCUGUUGGGGAACACAAAAUCACCAACAGCCAUGUUGCUAUGUUCUUGAUCAACCGGUUUAAGUCGGCAAUACGAGAAACAGUGGUUCUUCCAAACUGUGAAAGCCUAACGAUUCCUUGGAUGAUUGCUGAAAAAGAUGAUUGGGUCCAACGCAAUGCUGCUCCAUUCAUGUGGAUGAAUCAAGAAAGCGAUCACAAUAGCUCACAUGCAACAACAGAAGGGAAAUCUAAAUCUGACAAGCCACCAACUUCUUCUUCUUCUUCCUCUGUUCACUCUGAGCAAAUGCAUAAAACUCCAAACGUUACUCAGAAGCCGAUUGUUCCUGAAGUUUCUUCCUCCUGUGCUCAGUCUGAACAAGUGCAGGAAGCUGCCAGUGCCAUCGAGAAACCGAAUACUGAAGCAGAAGCUACGUUUACACCAUUGUCUAGAUCCACCACAACUGUUACAUUAUCAAGUGACAAAUCCCUGGAGGAACUGAAAACUCCAUUACUGCGACCCAGCAACAGUGAAAAGCAGUAUACAAACUCAAGAGACAUGGCCGGAGAGAUGACUGCUGCUCAGUCACCAUCUAGGUCAAUACAUUCAAGCGAAGAAGAUGAUUCAAGCGGAAAGAAACUGGGAAGGAGAGCAAGGAUGCUGGGUCUUGGGAAGAAAAUGGGGGAGAAGUUGGAGGAGAAGAGGCGUCACAUGGAGGAAAAGAGUAGACAGAUUGUUGAAAAGAUGAGAGGACCUUCUUAA